CCCAUCGCGAGUUAGCGAGUGAUAUGAUGAUGACUGUACAAAAGAAGUAGUUUCUCUGCAUAAAAUAUAAUAUGGAUAGAAUGCCUGCCUCCCAGUCACUGCCUGCGAUGAUAUCGCAGUGCAAACAGUGUGUCCAAAAAGUGAAUCUUCACUGCUGCAUACAUAGUUUAGUUUGUUGCCCAUUAUUCAUCAAUCCAACUCAUAAUAACUGCAUGCAUAAUACGGUAUACGAAUGCGAAUAGUGAGUUCUUGUUGGAUAGAGAUGCGAUAUUUCCAUUGUAAUAAAGCAGUUUGGUAGAGAGAGAGAUGAUGAGAAUCAUCAUUAUUAUUUAUUACGGCCGACUGCAUUGUUCGACACGAUUGGACAUUUGAUUUGAAGAGUGUAUAACUAACUAACUUUUGCUGGUUUGGUGGUUCUCAUUUUUGACUCCAUUCCACUCGUGUGAAUGAAGCCAUGCAGUCACAUAGGAAAAAGUAAGACGUCGUAACGUAACCAAUCCACUUGUACGAUUACUUUACUACUACGACAGAAACUUGUUCUUCGACUAGAUUGCGCAAAAAUAAUAGGUAAUGAAAUGAAAUCAUUUAGUUAGUUUAGUGGUGAGUGAGUAAGAUAAAUAAUAAUUCUGGAUAAGAAAAAAAGAGACGAUUUAAUAGGAAAAGUGGGUUUAAAUCGUGGGUUAAUUUUUUUACAGAGAGAUUCAUGAAGAACAUAAACAAGUGACCAGCACGAUACUGCGACGUGACUCCGAUACACGUGCUUUUUUAUAGGAAUUAAUUCCGUCCCCCUGAUGAGAUAGAGAGAUGUCGUCCUGUGACAAACCACUCCCACCCCUGCUCAUCCCCCCGGCUACGUUUGGUGGGGAUGAAAAACUGACCUGUUCGACGUCUUCGUCCCCUCCGUCGUUGGUGUCCUCGUCGUCCACGGCUUUGUUAGAUUCGCCCCCGACGACGUUACUCUUCUCGAAAUUAACUACCCCACCAGUCUCGUCAUGUUCGAGGUUUUCCAUCCAUUCCAUUUCGGGUUGUGCGUCACCUGGUCAAAUUCUGGCGAUUAUGGGACCCACGGGAUGCGGGAAGACGACAGUUCUUAAUGCCCUUGCAGGUCGUGUCCCUCUUUCUUCUGGGUCAAUCUGGGUCAACGGCUCACCCGUAUCGAGGCGUUUGUGGCGAACGAAAUUCGGCUACGUCCUCCAACAAGACGUCUUUUUCCCGACGCUCACCCUAAAACAAACCUUGAUCUACACCGCACUCCUCCGUCUCCCUGGUUCGUACUCGUAUAAGGACAAAGUCUCCAAGGUGGAGGAUAUCAUAGAGGCUCUCGAUCUGUACAAGUGUCAACACACGCGGAUAGGCGAUGAUCUCGGGAUGACCCCGUCGGCCCGAGGUCUUUCCGGUGGUGAGAGGAAACGUCUCUCCAUCGCCUCAGAACUCUUGACGAAUCCAUCCGUCCUGCUGAUCGACGAGCCCACGAGCGGUCUCGACUCCUUCACGGCCAUCCAACUUAUCAAAAGUUUGAAACAUUUUGCUCAAAGUACGCAGAAAAACGUGGUACUUUCCGUGCACCAACCGUCGUCCCGCAUGUUCCAAAUGUUUGACACGCUACUCGCCUUAUCGAACGGGAGGACGGCGUACUUUGGCCCGGCGAAUGAGAUGGCGGGCCACAUGGCGUCCCUCAGCCUGCCCAUCCAACCGAACUAUAACCCUGCCGAUUUUCUCCUGGAGACGUUAAAAUACGAGGAAAAAGUGGUCGUGGCGGGAUGGAAGGAUAACAAUAAUCAUCACACGCAGAAAUUGUUUGAACAAAUCGAGACUUAUUCGGCCACGUCGAAUAAUCCAUCGAGCAACAGUCCGUCAUCGUCCCCAACUUCUAGUCGGAGGAAGAAGGAGAAGAAAAAUAAUCAGAUUCCGUCUUCCUGGGCGACAUCGUUUCUCACACAAGUUAGGAUUCUGACGAGGAGAAAUAUCCAGCUCGCUUUGCCACGUGUAUUCUCGUCCAUAAACGUCGUCCAGACCUUCGUCCUGGGCAUCAUGGCGGGCCUCGUGUGGUGGCGAUGUCCCCGAACGGAAGAAAAUCUAGACAACUUGGAAGGUUGGAUGUUCUUCUCGACAAACUUUUGGAUGUUAUUCGUCCUAUUUCAAGCCCUCUGGGCGUUCCCACCGGAACGACCCAUCGUCACGAAGGAACGUCGUGCCGGAGCUUAUCGGUUAAGUUCCUUCUACACGGCCAAAAUCCUGGGCGAACUUCCCCUCGAAGUUACACUGCCAUCAGUCUACUUUCUCAUCAGUUACGGCAUGAUCGGGGGCACGAUCGCGUCGUCCCUGGGAAUUCUGGCGAGCCAAACGUUAGCCUCGAUUGCGAGCCAGAGUGUAGGUUUGUUUUUUUCCUCCCUCUUCGCAUCCGGUCCGGCCACCACGGUGGCGGCCAUUUUUACCGUGGGGGCACAACUCUUGGGGGGUUAUCUUACCAAAAACGUGCCAUCUUAUCUUAAAAUUUUCUCCAUUGUGUACAACGGAUUGAGAAACUUAGCCAUCGUGGAGUACUCGUGGGGCCUGCCGGUCUCGUGUGGGAAGGAGGCUAGUAGAUUUCCGUCGUGCAAGGAGGGAGCCACGUGGGUAGAUCCGAACGAUCUUUUAUGGAAGGAUGAGACUGAAUUUCCCCUUUGGGCGCACACUGCCGUGUUAAUAGGAGUCAUUCUAACGUUUAGAACGCUUGCUUAUAUUUGUCUCAAGAGGCAGUUGUAGUUAUAAUUCGAUACAUUACAGAUACACCAAUAUAGUCAUUACCUAUGUAAAAGUUUUUAUGAAAAGGGAUCCAAAAAGUGUGCUAAUUUUCAUAAAAUUUUAAAAAAGGUGAACACACAUUUUAUACAAAUAUAUUUCUAUUUACAAAUACAUAUAAAUAUUUACCGAAUUAUGUACUUUAAAUAUGUAUGUAAUUCACCAUUUUAAUCACACCUAAAUAUUUGCUACCUUUUAGUCAGAAACUCAAUACCUGAUUGUGAUACGAGUUAAAUGAACAAUAAUUAAUUUAUCUUGUCCAAAUAUUACACAAUUUCUCGUUUUAAUAAAAAAACGCAUAUAUUAUUUAUUCAUCAG